AUGUCUGCUACUACAAUAGAACAAAUGAGUAACAAUACUCAGGUUGUCAGUUGGGAAUUUGUUCAACUUUAUUACAAGACUCUUAAUGAAAAACCAGAAAUCAUGAAAGACUUUUAUAAGAAUCAAUCCAAACUAAUCAGAGGAGAAGAGGGAGAACCCAUCAGCGUGUGUCAAGGCUUAAAGGAAAUUGAUAAUAAUAUUUUGCAAAAAAAAUACAAGGAUGUAAUAGUUGAUUUUACAAAUAUCGACUGUCUUGAAGUAUUUGAAAAAAAGAUUUUAUUGCAAGUCCUUGGUUCUUUGUCUAAUAAUGGAGAUCCGCCCAGAAAAUUUGUUCAAACCGUAAUCCUUGAUACGCAACCCAAUGGUUACUAUGUGUUACAAGACAUUUUUCGUUAUUUGAAUGAUGAUGUAAAGAACACAUUUGAUGUCGAAGAAGAAUCAUCGUCACAACUUGUUGAAGAAAUAAACACAAACGACACCAAUAAUAAUAAUGCUGCAACACCGACAACCUCAUCCACAGUAAAUAUUGAUAAUGCAUCCAAAGUUACCACUUCAUCUAGUCCUCAAAUAAACACAAGCGUGCCAUCAAACAAAACAUCUACUCACACUAAACCAACUUCAUGGGCUAACGUUGUCGGCAGUCCUACUGCCACCGAUAAUAAAAAUCGAAGUUUUACUAAUAAUAGAAAUCUUGGAAAUACUAGCACUAUGACAGCCAAUAGAGAAUUAUCAUUAUAUGUUCGAUGGAAUAAUGGCGGUGAUGUAAAUGUAACUCAUGGUGCACUUCUUGAUUUGUUUAAAAAAUAUGGGGAAAUAAGAAAUUUUAAUCUCGUCGAGAAAAAGUCUUGUGCAUUUGUUGAAUUUAGCAGUAAAGAUGUAUAUCAAAAAGUACUUGAGAAAAAAACAUUCACUGAUCAAAAUUUGUUAGGAUCUACAACAAUCAUUGUCGAAGAGCGAAUGUCACAUGGUGGCGGCAGAGGCGGCGGCGAUAGACGCAAUAGCAAUAGUAUGGGUCGUCCACCUUCUUCCAGAAGUUAA